ACUUGGUCCCUAAGACUCUACUAUAAUUGUAUCCUCUCAGUGUCUUUAGGGUUUUGUAAACAAAAUCAUCACUCUCCCUUCUCAUUCUCUCCCCUCUAUUCCAAUCGUCAUCACUCUUGUUGAAGAUUAGCGAGAGAGCGAUGGAGAUUGCUUCGACUUCCACCGAUUUGACAUAUCAGUUCCCGACAGAUCAGAUCAGAUACGAAAUCAAAGAUAUUGGGUGCAAAUUAACCAGUUCCUCCUUCUUACACGUAAACCCUAAUUUGCGACGAGAUGGCAAGGAAAGGCGCGACCUUGUUGUUACGGCGGCGACUCCGAAGAAACGCAAACAUUCUAAUUCUAAUGAGGAAAAACCACCGGAGGAGGAGAAGAGACAAAAGAAGACCUUCGAAGCUUCCAAGUCUAAGUUUACCAAACCGGUGCGAUCUUUUACGACUCUUCAUGUCACAAAGACGGCUAAGUCCAAGGUUGUUGUUACAAGAAAACCAGGUGAUCAAGAUCACAGUUUCAAAGACAUGAUCGCCAAGGCGCGAGAGAAAGUGCAAGAAAAGAGACAGAUCGAUCACAGGAACACUGAUAUCAGAAGCCAGAGGAUAAGUGCUCGGCUAGCCCUAAAUCAGAUGGAAACAACUGUUUGUUUCGAUGAUCAUCUUGAAUAUCACAUGGAAUUAGAGAAGCUUGGGUGUGAUUUUAUCAGUGAUCAAGUCAGUUGUUUGAAAAAGUUCAGUCUGUUGUCAAGAGACGAUUACUACUUACAUUGACGAAUCUAUGUAGUUGUGUUUUUAUUUUUUGGUGUAAUAUGUACAACAUGUCUCAAGUUAUCUUUCAUA